GACGUGCACGUACCGAGCCAGGCUUUGAAUUCAAAUUGAAUUCACGAAAUUGGGUUUGCAGACUGUUUCUGUGGAAUUAUAUUUAUAAGGAAUGCGGCUUUGGGAGGCGUUUCGAAGAAAACUUACGCCAAUAAGAUUGUGAUUAUUAAUAUUUUUUAUUUUUUGGUUUGUUUUCUUUAAUGCACAAAUUUCCACGCAAGCAAAGAAAAGAAAUUGCAAAAAUAUCAGUAUGAGCUGCUUGAACUUUCACAGCAAAGGAAGAUGCAGUGUCCGUCAGUGAGAAAAUGGUGCAAUGCAACACUUGACAACUUUACUUGCAAGACGGCACACGGCGGGUUAAUACAUGCAUACAACAGUUAUCACUGGACAUUCGCCAGCACUCCUGCGCUACACUACAGAUUCACCAUGCCAGCCUUGUGGGAGAGGGCUUGUGCACCCUGUGAUGUAAGACAGCGUUGACGGUGGGCUCCCUUCCGUGAUCAAAGGAACUUUCUUCCACCAUGAAGCUCUGCAGAAGCAUCCCUACAGGCGAGCCAGCGUUCUGUACCCCAAAGAGCUCCCUCUGGUUGCCUCUCUGCGCCCUGCUUUCCCUCACCUUGCUGGGGCCCGAGGUGGGCUGCUCCACAUUAGACUGCCACGAGACGUGCAUUUGUGCCAGCAACAUUGUGAGCUGCUCCAAGAAGGAGCUGGCCAGCAUCCCCACGGCUCUGCCCAGGUACACGGCCGUGCUGGACCUCAGCUACAACAGCCUAAGCAAGCUGCGGGCCGAGUGGACCCCGGUCAAGCUGGAUAAGCUGCACACCCUCCUCCUGAGCCACAACGGCAUGACCUUCAUCUCCUCGGAGGCCUUCUCCUUCGUCCCCAGGCUACGCUACUUGGACCUCUCGUCCAACCAACUGCAAGGGCUGGAGGAGUACCAGUUCACCGAGCUGGAGGAGCUGGAGGUGCUGCUGCUCUACAAUAACAGGAUCUCGCAGAUCGACCGCUCCGCCUUCGAGGGUGUCACCAAGCUGCAGAAGCUCUACCUGAGCCAGAACCAGGUCUCCCGCUUCCCCCUGGAGCUGGUCAAGGAGAAGACCCGGCUGCCCGAGCUCAGCCUGCUGGACGUCUCGUCCAACCGCGUGAAGAGCCUGCCGGUGCAGGAGCUCAAGCUGCUGCCAGCCUGGAUCAAGAACGGGCUCUACUUCCACAACAACCCCUUCACCUGCGACUGUGAGCUGUACAGCCUGCUGGCACUCUGGCACAUCCGGAGGCUGAACUCAGCCGUGGACUUCAAGGACGAGUACAACUGCACCUUGCAGACGCCCAAGAAGACCAGCGUGCGCCUCUUCCAGCUCGGGGAGGAGUACAUGAACUGCAGCGCCGUGAAAGAGGCCGAGGUGGAGGCCUACCUGGGCGACAGCCUGACCCUGGAAUGUGACACCCGGCUGAGGGACAUGACCAAGACCUGGGUGACAGCGAGCAACGAGGUGGCUGCUUCGGCGAGGAGCAACCAGAGCGCUGUGGUCCUGGCCAAUGGCAGCCUGCAGAUCCGGCAGGCCCAGGCAGAAGACUCUGGGGUCUACACCUGCUACGCGGUGAGCGAUUCCCUGAAUGAGACCCUGUAUGUGUCGGUGAGGGUGCACAACUUCACCAUGCCUGAGGACAGCGACGCCUUCAACACCGCCUACACCACGCUGGUGGGCUGCGUCUCAAGCGCCAUCCUGGUCCUCAUCUAUCUCUACCUGACCCCUUGCCGCUGCUUUUGCUGCCCUGGAGAUGAGAAGGUGAAGAGCCAGCACGAGGACAGCAUCCACUCUUCCAUGCUCAGCGCCAGCGCUACCCCCACCCACGACUUGCUGGCGGGGCAAACUGGGCUCAGCAGACGCAUAGCUUUUAUUGAGCCUUCCAAAGACUCCCAGGGCCAGAACGGGAAACUGAACCCCAGCUCUGAAGAGGAGCAGGAGGGUACGAGAGGAAAGGAACGCAGGAGGAAGUCAGACGCGGAGUCCGUCAGCUCAGUGUUUUCAGAUACUCCCAUUGUGGUGUAAAGCACGAGGGAUAUCAUGUAUUUAAACAGAAGUGUGCACAUUAUCUCUGGAGUCUCCGUGCACAGCAGAGCUUUCUACUGUGAGUAACUCAUGAAUGGGAAGGGAAGUCAAGAGGCUUAGGGUUAGGGCUAAGUAACCUUAUAUUAGAAUAGUUCUGGCAACUUCAUUUGUAGCACUUCAGUUAUACUGUGAAUUGAGUUUGUAAAGUCCAUUCAAAAGAAGAGUAGGGGAGUUUGGAGAUGCAGGUACAAUUUUGAAACCUCCCAGUCAAAAAACAAAGUGAGACAUGCAAGCUGUGCAUCUGCCAUGUCCAGCAGGAGCCUUGACGCGCUCAUUUGUUGUUUAGGGUUAAUAACUCACCACCGCCCCCUAUAGGAAGUAAUGUAUCUCUCCGCUGACAAGAAGGACCCCCGGGCUCACACAGUCACAAUGCAGGGGUCACGUGUGCAGCUGCAAUAAUAGCCCCCCCUCGGGGUGUGAUGGAGUAGCAGGAGACAGCACAAGCACACGGCAGGGAUAUCAUUGUGCAACGCACUGGCAGGCAUUCGGUAGAGAGAGAGGGGGGGGGGCGCAGGAAAACAGGGGCUCUACCCUGAACAGGGAUCCAGUCAAUAAAAAAGGAGCUCCCCUCUGUUUGAUGAGGACGCUUUUCCAGGUGUGGUUUGAGCUGUUUUUAAGGAAGGGCUUAUCUUAACUUUUCAGAUUUAUUUUUUUUCAUUUGUUUUUCUGCAGUAGUAUUGUGGGGUCAAGUCCUAUUUCUAUCCUAUCAUUGGAAACUACCAUAGAGCAAAGAAAAUAGCUGAGAGUUAUAGAACAGAUAUAGAUAUAUAUAUGAGAAUUUUGGUUAAUAAUAUUCCAGUUAUAUUCUAUAUUCAGCCACCAUAUCGUGCUGUGUUCUGAUAUUCUAAAGCAUUCCACUGCAGUUUCUGUAUUCAAAUCGAAGCUGCUAAGCAUCCCGCACGCUGCUGAAACGCCAGCUCACUCUGACAGACCCAGGUGUGGGUGUAUAUUUGACUGUUAGAUGAUUCCGCUUGUCAUGCUGACUGCAAGCCAUAUAGUUGACAGUGGAAUCCCGAAUUUACAUUAAGCGGGCGGGAAGCACAGCUGUGCUCCUGAUCGAAGCUUGCAAGUCCUUCUCAUGUUAUUGAUGCGGAGCCUGUGUGUGUGUGUG